AUCUCCUGCUGUUAGGAUACUUUUAUAGGUCAGUUUCUUUCUCAAUAUUGCUGUCGGUUGAUGAAUGACUAUUAGAAUUUUGUAAAAGUCUAAUAAUAUGAACUUGAUUUGAGUGUUUCGGAAAUAAAAUUGUUCAGGAUUUAACUUUUUACAGUUGUGACAUAGUAGAAAGCAUUAUCUAAAAAUUCAAAAUACCAAAAGAGAGAAUGUUCAAGUGGAAAUUAGAUUGUGCUAAAAUUGUAUAACACUUUCAGUAAUCAGUUACAAUAUUAUCUUCAACCCAAGCUUACAAAAUUAUAUGUUUAAACUGUAAGUAUUUAUUUUAAUUCAAAGAACGAUUUGAGGACUUUAUGACUGCUUCGUCUAAUUUUAUUUAUAUUCAUUCAUCUUUGUUGCAAUCACCAUAAUUAAGAGGUUAUCGAUGCUAUACAAGACCAAUAUUAUCCCCUCACCUUUUUUAAUACUAGUCAUUUGAGUAUUUUAAUACAAUCCACUGAGUAAUGACAGUUCAAACAAUAUUCAAACUUCACUGAAUUUAUAUUGAAUAUCCAUCGUUCGACACUGAAGAAAAGAAGUAAAAUGAAGAAAGAAAUUGAAAAAUAGGCGUACAAAAAAUUUCUUUUCGAUCAUCCUGUUUUCUACAUGAACGAUCAUUUAAUAUAAGAAACCUUAAUAUCAUUUUUGCUCAUCAAUGUAAAAUGAUAAAUGAUUCAUUAACUGAUGAAUGCUUGCAGUCUUAAACUAUGUCAUAACAAAGAACCUAUUAAAAUUUACGUCAUCAUGUUGUCUCAAUGAAAAAAAACAUAGAUAAGAUAUAAAUCCGUUACCUCAGGAAUGUUUGUAACAAUAUGACAUCAUUUGCCAAAGCAUGUAUAGACUUUUCUAACAAUUUGAAAAAUUUACGUUUUACUAAAUCAAAUGCUACAACCACUUCUUCCACGGUCACAGUGAACAAUUCAACAGCUACAAUGACUAAGUCAUCAGUUGUUUUAAAUUUUGAAUCGGAUACAAUAAAAAACCCCGUGACAAAUGAAUAUAUUAUUUCAGCCACUAACAGAAUUGUAGCCAAUAAUUCUAAAACUAACAAUCAUCAUUCCGUUAUUAAUUCAACUGAAGAAAAAAAUCGGUUUGAGAAGAAUCAUAAGAACAGUGAACACUUUACAGAUGAUAAAUGUACCCUUUGUAAUAAACUGUUCUUUAUCCCUAAUAACAUCACUGCUAGCGAUGCAAGUAACACCAAUAGCAAUACUACUAGUAUUAGUAGCACAAAUCUUGGCGGUAGAAUUUCAGAUGGAAAAGGAGACUCAUCAUUAUCGGGGAAGUCAGUGGUUGUAAAACAUUCUGAAAUAAAUUCCCUUGAAAACCCUACAAUUUCUUCUGGUACAAUAGCAAUGACACAAAAUAGAAAAAACAUUAUACCUAAUGGAUUUGUAAAUAGUGAUUCGUUAAAAACUGUGAUUUCAAAUUAUUCUGAUUAUCGAUUAUCGAAUUCGAAGAUCUCAAACUCGUUACCCAGUAGUCCAGUGCCAAGACAUAGUUUUACAAUAAAAAAUAAGCCUUCAUCAGAUAGCAAUGCUGCUAAUGACAGACGUGCUCAUAGUAAUAUAAAUAGUUUAACAGAUUCCCCAUUCACAUUCAAAGCUACACUUUCGCCGACUAUGACAUAUCGUUUAGCUAUUCUUGCACGUAACUGUAAAAACAGUAUUGUUAGUAAUAAUAAUAGUAUCAAUGGUAGCGAUUCUACCGGCUAUACAUCCAAUCGUUAUUCAAAUAAUUCAAUUUCAUCGUCUUCUUCACCCUUAUCAUCUCAUCGUGGAACAACAGUAGCUGCCAUAAAACAAAGAUUAGUAAAUCAAGGACUACGAAUUAAUUUAAACAUUCCAGUUAAGAAACUAUCAUGUACACGUUAUCGAGAUUAUGUAAGACGUCAAAAAAGGGGUUGUCCACAUACAAUCGAAUCAUUAUGGUUGAAUAAGAAUUUCAUGAAUAAUAUAUUUGUUUAUUUAACUGGAAAUGAACUGAUUCAUUAUUCAAUCGUAUGCCGUACAUGGUAUGAAUUUAUGUGUUUAAAUGGUUUCCAGAAUAAAUUAUGCUUUGUUUUAAACAUCAAAAAAUUAAUUAGGGAAAUAGAAAACAGUCACGAGGAUUCAAAAUCGAAUCAAUAUGCAGACUAUAAAGAUCCAGUUAUUAUUUCAAACCAUAGUGAUCACAUUCCAUUGCCAAAUGAUUUAUUGUACAGUUAUUUAGAAGACUCUAUUCGAAUUCGCAUUGUAUCCGCUAUAAACAGACACCUGGAAACCAUUAAAAUUGUACAGUUAGUUGAGAGAUUUAGUUCAGUAUUGUAUAAUAUACUAGAAAUGCUAUUAAGCCCAAAUCACAACGUAAUUUUGACAUCAUUAUCACAAUCCUCCACUAUAGAAACGUAUUUCCCUCAGAUAAAUACAACAGUUGCAAACACCUUAACUAAAACUAAAACAUUCAACAACCGAAUCUUAUUGACAUCAAAUGAAAACUAUUCAACAUGGAUAAAUGAAAAAGACGAGAAUAAUAAUCCAGUGUUAAAGACAAAUGAUUUUAUUAAUUCAUUCCAAAACCAAGUGAAAAAACAACAACAACAAAAUGGUUUUAUACAAGACAAUAGUCUUAUAACAGUAAACUAUGCUAUACAAAAUAAAUUAUCAUUAAAUACUGAUUCACCUUCAGCAUCGAGUGAUACAUGGAAAUUUAAAAAAAUUAGUGAUUCUGAAAACUCUAUUUCUUCAAAUCGCUCAAGUUUGGAGAACAUUAAUAGUAAUUCAUCAUAUACACAUAAAUUCACUCAUAUAAUAUUUAAAUCAUGUAGUAUACUAGACCAAUCAUUGUCACGUUUAAUAAAUUUAUUUCCUUCUUUAAAACAAUUGGAAUUUGAGUGUUGUAACGAUUUUACUGAAUUAGCAUUUUGGUCUUGUCUUUUACCGAGCAUUGAAUGUUUAACAGUGUUUGAUUGCAUCAAUGUUUCAGAUGAAAGUAUGAAUGCGAUUGGACAUCUAUUACCAGAAUUAAAAUGUUUUAAAUUUCAAGCUUAUCAUAUAACAGAUGCAGCAUUAAGUUAUUUCAGUACAAAACAACGAAUUAAUAUGCAUACAAUGGAAAUGACUCAGUGUAUGGAUGUAACAAAUCAAGGUAUUAUGACACUGGCCUAUACACUGAACAACCUACAAGUUUUGAGUUUAAGUGGAUGCAGCAAGCUAACUGAUGACGGUUUAGAUGUGAUAUGUGAAAAUCUAAAACGUUUAAUAUCAUUGAAUUUAUCAUGGUGCUCGAAGAUCACUGACAGCGGAUUAGAAUGCGUGGCAUGUGAUUUAGUUCUGUUGAAAAAAUUACUACUAGACAGUAUAUGUAGAUGACGUUUAUAAAGACAAUGAAAGCUUCACGAUUCAACCAACCAGUCCAGAGAACUCAACACCUCCAAAAUAACCAGGGUGAAUCGCGUCAAACUUAUACGAUAGAUGUAACUACAUGUUAAGACAAGUGAAGAAGUAAUGAUAGCAACUGGUACAAUAUACGAACUGAAAUUGAAAAUAAUACUUGCUGGCCAGAAUCAACUGAUAUGAAGCCUAAGUCCAGGAUUCUCCAUCUAUUGUUUUCAACUAUAUCAUAUCAGAAACAUAAUAUACCGCCAUGUUGAAUGGCUUAGUCUAGUGGUCGCAUUUUCACUUAAUCAAUAUAUUUCGAUUAGCAAUAGAGAUUAAAAAUCAGAACAUCGGUUACUAUUACAUGAUCGAUCAGUGUAUUCAAUUGAACAAACCAGUAUUACUUACCAAUUUGCAAAAUUAUACUAAGGUCGUCCAUCAUAGAUUAUUGUAAUUUUAUUACUACAAGAAAUUUACACAUUUUUGUUAACUAGAUAGACGUAAAUGUACAUAAAGCAUAUCUGUAACUUUUGCCUGUUCAAAACCAGUGUAGGUAUGGUAACUUGAAACAUUACAAUCCACUAACUUGGGCGACGUAAAAAAUAAAACAGCCAAGUCAUAGCUUCACACAAGUAGAUAUACUUUGAUCAUUAGAACUAAUACUGCAGUAUGAAUUUGUUACACAAGAUUCAAAUGUUGUAUAGUUCUUGACCAGAUACACGAAGAAUAUAUUUCUUUAUGUUAUUAGAUAAUAACCAUCUUAUUAAAUACUACAUCAAAGUAUAAUAAGAAAUUCUUAACACAAGAUAUAAAAUUUCGAUAUAAGUUCUUCUUAGUCAACAUUUUAAUUGUAAAAACUCAAUGACAAAAGUAUUAAAACAUUGUUUCAACCAGCCAAUUCUCUGAUUUACAAUUUUCUCUUUGAGUUGGUUAAAGUGAUAUGUAGAUUUUGCAUUUGGUUUUACUUAUGUGAAUCCUAAAUUACACGCUUCUCGUUUCACCAAUGAAUAACUAUGAGUAAGGAGGAUAGAUUGCAUUUGCUUACAUAACACUGAUCAGUUGCUUACACGAGUCCAAACGUCCAUUCACAAUCAAUUAACUAAUAAACACAAAAGGUUUAUCACCGACUUCACUGACAGACUUCUAGAUCCUAAGUCACACACUUUGGCUUUUUCUCGAGUGUUCAAGAGAUAGUAGGGAAUAAUGCAAGAAAUUUAAAAAAAUAACCAUUCAUUAACAAUUAACGGUUAUGAAUAAAUUAUUGUUAUUCAUAACCUUGCAUAGUAUAGAUAAACAUUAAAAAUAUAUUUCCCCAAAGUUCAGAUGGACUCAAAUUGAUAUAAAAGCAAUGUUUUUUGUCCAUGAGUAAUUACAGCCCAUCAAUGAUAAAUCAAUUGUAUUCAUAAACAUACGUCUCAAUUGCUUAUUACUUUUAUGACUAGAAUAAUCAAACAACCAAUCAUAAUGAUAAUAAAGUGUAUUUCACUGAAUUUCUAUUGCAAUAACUUCCAACUCAAUAAUUUAAAUCAUUGUUAUAUGAUCUUAUUCUAGUGACUUUUUAUUGCAUGUUCGUAGCAUACAUAUACGUUAGAAAUUACAGCACUAGGUAAUUAUGUCAGGUAGCAGUCAUACACAACUAUCAUAACGUAUUUCAUCAUCACAAGUAAAAGUGAAAGAACUCCAAGGAUAAGCAUAAAACCCAUCCAUCAACCUCGAUGCAAUUACAUCCUGAUUUGAAUGAAUAAUCGAGCGACAUAAGUCAUUAGUGGAGGCAUAAAGCAUUCUCUACAGAUUUUAGACUAUCAAAGAACUAGCACCAUUAAAAAUUCACAGAUCUAUAUCCACGAAAAGUGUACAGAAUUGACUGAUCUGGGAAUAAGCCAUUUAGCGACAAUGUCUAGUCUUCAACAUCUCAGCGUAAGAUGGUGUGUCAAUUUAUCAGACGGUAGUAUACCUCAUUUACUUAGUACGACAGGAUUAAAUUAUCUAUGCUUAAGUG